GGACACCUACGCUGCCGUCCAGUGGCUGAGGCAGAACAAACACCUCUUCAGUGGCAAUGUCUAUGAACCCAUGAUGCUAGUGGUGAGAGCAUUCUAUAUGUCCUGGCCCUGUCCUAAUACUUUAAAGUGUCAUUGUUGUCGAGCACCCCUCAUACUUUGGUUUGUUUGUGUAGCGCGGAGGCCUUUUUUCAAUGAAAAGACCACUUGGUUAAAAGACCAAGUAAACAGAAUUUGAAAGCCCAUAGUAGCAUUUUGUUGAAUGAAACGUUCUGUUCUAUCAGAUCAGUGUCCGCAACCCUAACCAUGCCAAGUACGUGGAGAACCACAUUCCUUUCAACGACCUGCGGGCCUUCGUCUUCCAGAAGAGGGAGGACAUGGAGAAGUUCAUGACUGAGGUGAGGGGGGGCCUGCAAAUAAAUAAUAGAUUCAGAAAAGAAAUUAAACUGCCAAUACAACAAUGCUCUGUCUACAAUGAUACAAGGCAGGGUUUGUAUGGUCAUGAAAAUCCUGGAAAAGUCAUGGAAUUUUAAAAUGGUGUUUUCCAGGCCUGGAAAAGUUUUGGAAAAUGAUACAAUUCAAAAAGGUUUGGAAAAGUCAUGGAAAUAAAUUAAUAAAUAAUUUCUGUUAAUGUAAUUUAUUUAGGCACAGUUUUUAAAUAUGUUAUCAAUCAAAUAAAAAUCAACAUAUCAGCCAGGAUCGGAAUGACACUAACGCGUCUGUGGUUGCGUGCAUCACCUGUAUGUGUUCGAGACAAUUGGGCUGUUGCUCAAGGUAGAGCGGGACAGUCGGACAUUGUAGCAGCAGGUACUCCUAGCCUAUAAAAUAUGAUAGAAAACAGACUAAUAACUAGGUAGCCAAUUCAAAACAUAUAUUGUACCCUCUAGUUAACUGUUUAGCUAUUAUUAGCAUGUAUUCAUGUUUUCGUCAUAUCCCGGAAAACUUUCACUGACACUCACGAAAAAGGCCAUACAAAGUUGAUUUACUUUUUUGAACGAUUCAUAUGAUUAAUAUAAAUUAUUCUUUUUGACAAAACAAACAAUUCACUUUGCCAUUAUAUUAGUUGGGAUUUGGUUCAAUUGUGGUGAAUUGAAUCGUGAAUCAAAAUAAUUUGUGAAUGGCGAAUAGUAAAUUUAGGAACAGAUUUGAUGUAGCCUUUUGGAUUAUGUGGCUUCAAAAUUUGUUUUGUAGAUACUUCCAGUUCAUUUGGGCAUCCAAUGUAUCGGACAUUGCAACUCAAUAGAUGCUAGUCAGCCUGCAAAGUAAACACGACUAUAGGCUAAAUAUAACUAAAAUCGAAAAGGUAUAUUUUCUGAAAAUUUGUGGGCUUGCUUCAGCUGAAUACACAUAUUUGUAACCUACGAUAGCCAUUUGAUCUUUGAUAUAUUGAAUGAGCAAAUUAUUUCAAAAGGCAUAAAACGUAUUUGGUUGUAAUGUUGCCAUGUUAUACAUCAAGGGUGGUCAACCAUCCUCCAGGAGAGCUAAUGGGUGUGCAGGCUUUUAUUCCAGUCCCCCUCUAACGAACCACAUUUUAGAAAUUAGCUGCUCAACCGGACCUUGUUAAACUGGCUCUGUGUUUGAGCAGGGCUUGAUCAAAAGCCUUGACACCCAGUAGCACUCUGAGGGUUGACCACAUGUUUAAAACAGUUGCUUAACAGGUGUUCUACUUUGGGGGGGGGGGGUUAAGUGCCUUGCACAACGACAUGGGAUCAGAGAGUAGCCUCCCAGAGCCGAUAUCACAUUACGCAUACUUUUUUAUACCUACAUAGAGAUGCUGUCAAUUGUUGGUCAUGGAAAAGUCAUGAAAUUCCAUCUGUCAAAUAAGGCCCUUUUUUUUACUAACCAUGUGACCCACCUGACAAUGUGACCCAUCUGCCCAGGCUCUAGUUAUAGGCUCUAGUUCAAGGAACUAUAUACAGUAAAAAAAGUUAUAAUGGAUUUGUCCUUGGCCUCAGGUACGUGACAGCCAGAACCUGAGGGUGAAUUCAGUCUUUGCUCCUGAGGAGUCCUGUGCCACACGCCCCCCUUCCCGACCCAUUGAGUCCCUGAAGUGAGUAGUCCUCUCAUACUGUCCCAAGAUGGAUUGUAAAUGUAUCAAGCCUAUACCUAACCGUAAUUCUACCCUUCCAGUUUAAUGUGUAAGAUGCAUCUUUAUCUUCUCUUCCUGUCUGUAGGCGCUUUGGGUUCUUUGCGUACCUGCGGGAGCUCUUCGAUGCUCCAGAAGAGGUUAUGAGCUACCUCUGCAACCAGUACAAGGUGCACGAUGUUCCCGUGGGAACGGACCAAACCAAAGCCAUGAUCAAGACGGUACGUUCCAUACCCCAGACUAGCUGGUAAGAUGGAGAGUCAUGAAUGUCAACAAAUGUCACUUUCAUAGCUUAUUUGAUUUCUGAACAGACUGCAAUCUAAGCAGCUCCAAACUAGGGGUGUGACCGUUAAAACAAAGUUGGGAUCCUUAAUGUUAAGAAAAUCCCUAAAAAAAAAAAAAAAAUCCCGUGUUAUAGACUAUUAGACAAUAGGCUAUAAAGGCCUGGGGAUUCAUGUUUUCUUUUAAAUCCACAACUUGAAUCCCUCCACAGCCUCAUAGAGGAUCUAGAUACAUUUUCUAACCUCUCUGGAUUACAACCAAAUUAUGAUAAAUGUACUAUAUUAGGUAUUGGAGUUAUGUCGCACAUGCAGCUAACAAAAACAUAUGGAAAUGUCUGCUCUACCCAAAAUUACAACCAAAUAAUUGCAGCAUUACCACAAAAAUGGAAAAGGAAAGUGGAAGGGGGAAAAAGUAAGGAACUUGUCUGUCGGCCCUGCAUUAAAGAAUAUAAUUGGUUAAAGAAAAUUGUGAUAAAUAAAAAAAGUAUACCAGUUUCAUUUAAGGACCAAAGGAUUGACAGCCGUCCCAUAUAGAUUGCAAAAUAGUUGGGAAGAGAUUUUUGACGUACCGAUUCCAUUGCAUAGUGUUUAUGAAUUGAUACGCAAAACGACGCUGGAUUCAAAACUUAGAAUUUUUCUAUUUAAAUUAUUAUAUUAAAUUCUUGCUACCAAUAGGAUGUUAUUUAUAUGGGGGGGAUACAAUCUUCCCAGCUGCAGAUUUUGCUGCGAAGAGAGAAUCAUUAGAUCAUUUGUUUUGGUACUGUCCAUUUGUAGCUUGUUUUUGGACACAGGUCCAGGAAUGGCUAAAGUAUUGCAAUAUUUACCUGGCGCUAACCCUGCAGAUGGCACUACUGGGUGAUCUGAAAAGUCAUAAUCAAUCGAUCAAUAAUAUAAUACUUUUAGCAAAAAAGUUUUUUUUUCAAUUUACGAUCUGUAGAAACAAUGAGAAUAGAAAGGUUCAGAACUUUUGUAAAACAUCACAGUUGAAAAAUAUGGCAAAUAGAAAUCCAAUAUGGAUGGUGUCAAGAGAUAGAUGGGAGGUGUUGAAUGGAGCUGAAGGAUGGGACUAAUAACAACAACAACAAGAUAACUAAUGUAAAGCAUACUUGUCCAUAAGUAUAUAGGUUAUAGGUUAAGAGCUUUUGUGAAAGAGCACAGUUAGAAAAAUAUGGCAUAUGGAAGCAAACCAGAUGGACAUCAUGAAAAUGAUCAGCGGAAGUUCAGGAGUAAAAACAAACAAAAUAUAAUUGUAGAAUUUGACUGUGUCCAUAAAAUGUAUAUAAUAUGUAUGGGCUGGAAGUAGAGGCCUAAGCGUUGUUGUUCACUAGUUUACUCCAAUUGGGUAAGGGGUGGUGGGGUUGGAAAGUAAUGAAGGGAAAUAUAUAUUUUUUUAAAUGUGUGUGUGUGUGUAUGUACAGUGGGGAGAACAAGUAUUUGAUACACUGCCGAUUUUGCAGGUUUUCCUACUUACAACGCAUGUAGAGGUCUGUAAUUUUUAUCAUAGGUACACUUCAACUGUGAGAGACGGAAUCUAAAACAAAAAUCCAGAAAAUCACAUUGUGUGAUUUUUAAGUAAUUAAUUUGCAUUUUAUUGCAUGACAUAAGUAUUUGAUACAUCAGAAAAGCAGAACUUAAUAUUUGGUACAGAAACCUUUGUUUGCAAUUACAGAGAUCAUACGUUUCCUGUAGGUCUUGACCAGGUUUGCACACACUGCAGCAGGGAUUUUGGCCCACUCCUCCAUACAGAUCCUUCAGGUUUCGGGGCUGUCGCUGGGCAAUACGGACUUUCAGCUCCCUCCAAAGAUGUUCUAUUGGGUUCAGGUCUGGAGACUGGCUAGGCCACUCCAGGACCUUGAGAUGCUUUUUACGGAGCCACUCCUUAGUUGCCCUGGCUGUGUGUUUUGGGUCGUUGUCAUGCUGGAAGACCCAGCCACGACCCAUCUUCAAUGAUCUUAAUGAGGGAAGGAGGUUGUUGGCCAAGAUCUCGCGAUACAUGGCACCAUCCAUCCUCCCCUCAAUACGGUGCAGUCGUCCUGUCCCCUUUGCAGAAAAGCAUCCCCAAAGAAUGAUGUUUCCACCUCCAUGCUUCACGGUUGGAAUGGUGUUCUUGGGGUUGUACUCAUCCUUCUUCCUCCAAACACGGCGAGUGGAGUUUAGACCAAAAAGCUCUAUUUUUGUCUCAUCAGACCACAUGACCUUCUCCCAUUCCUCCUCUGGAUCAUCCAGAUGGUCAUUGGCAAACUUCAGACGGGCCUGGACAUGCGCUGGCUUGAGCAGGGGAACCUUGCAUGCGCUGCAGGAUUUUAAUCCAUGACGGCGUAGUGUGUUACUAAUGGUUUUCUUUGAGACUGUGGUCCCAGCUCUCUUCAGGUCAUUGACCAGGUCCUGCCGUGUAGUUCUGGGCUGAUCCCUCACCUUCCUCAUGAUCAUUGAUGCCCCACGAGGUGAGAUCUUGCAUGGAGCCCCAGACCAAGGGUGAUUGACCGUCAUCUUGAACUUCUUCCAUUUUCUAAUAAUUGCGCCAACAGUUGUUGCCUUCUCACCAAGCUGCUUGCCUAUUGUCCUGUAGCCCAUCCCAGCCUUGUGUAGGUCUACAAUCUUGUCCCUGACAUCCUUGGAGAGCUCUUUGGUCUUGGCCAUGGUGGAGAGUUUGGAAUCUGAUUGAUUGAUUGCUUCUAUGGACAGGUGUCUUUUAUACAGGUAACAAGCUAAGAUUAGUAGCACUCCCUUUAAGAGUGUGCUCCUAAUCUCAGCUCGUUACCUGUAUAAAAGACACCUGGGAGCCAGAAAUCUUUCUGAUUGAGAGGUGGUCAAAUACUUAUUUCCCUCAUUAAAAUGCAAAUCAAUUUAUAACAUUUUUGACAUGCGUUUUUCUGGAUUUUUUUGUUAUUCUGUCUCUCACUGUUCAAAUAAACCUACCAUUAAUUAUAGACUGAUCAUGUCUUUGUCAGUGGGCAAACGUACAAAAUCAGCAGGGGAUCAAAUACUUUUUUUUUUUUUUUCCCCUCACUGUACAUGGAUGGAUGGAUGGUUGAAGUCGGAAGUUUACAUACACCUUAGCCAAAUACAUUUAAACUCAGUUUUUCACAAUUCCUGACAUUUAAUCCUAGUAAAAAUUCCCCGUUUUUAGGUCAGUAAGGAUCACCACUUUAUUUUAAGAAUGUGAAAUGUCAGAAUAAUAGUAGAGUGAUUUAUUUCAGCUUUUAUUUAUUUCAUCACAUUCCCAGUGGGACAGAAGUUUACAUACACUCAAUUAGUAUUUGGUAGCAUUGCCUUUAAAUUGUUUAACUUGGGUCAAACGUUUCGGAUAGCCUUCCACAAGCUUCCCACAAUAAGUUGGGUGAAUUUUGGCCCAUUCCUCCUGACAGAGCUGGUGUAACUGAGUCAGGUUUGUCGGCCUCCUUGCUCACACGUGCUUUUUCAGUUCUGCCCACAAAUGUUCUAUAGGAUUGAAGUCAGGGCUUUGUGAUGGCCACUCCAAUACCUUGACUGUGUUGUCCUUAAGCCAUUUUGCCACAACUUUGGAAGUAUGCUUGGGGUCAUUGUCCAUUUGGAAGACCCAUUUGCGACCAAGCUUUAACUUCCUGACUGAUGUCUUGAGAUGUUGCUUCAAUAUAUUCACAUAAUUUUCCUUCAUCAUGAUGCCAUCUAUUUUGUGAAGUACACCAAUCCCUCCUGCAGCAAAGCACCUCCACAGGAUGAUGCUGCCACCCCCAUGCUUCACAGUUGGGAUGGUGUUCUUCGGCUUGCUAGCACCCCCUUUUUCCUCCAAACAUAACGAUGGUCAUUAUGGCCAAACAGUUCUAUUGUUGUUUCAGCAGACCAGAGGACAUUUCUCCAAAAAGUACGAUCUUUGUCCCCAUGUGCAGUUGCAAACCAUAGUUUGGCUUUUUUAUGGCGGUUUUGGAGCAGUGGCAUCUUCCUUGCUGAGCGGCCUUUCAGGUUAUGUCGAUAUAGGACUAGUUUUACUGUGGAUAUAGAUACUUUUGUACCUGUUUCCUCCAGCAUCUUCACAAGGUCCUUUGCUGUUGUUCUGGGAUUUAUUUGCACUUUUCGCACCAAAGUACGUUCAUCUCUAGGAGACAGAACGCGUCUCCUUCCUGAGCGGUAUGACGGCUGCGUGGUCCCAUGGUGUUUAUACUUGCGUACUAUUGUUUGUACAGAUGAACGUGGUACCUUCAGGCGUUUUGGAAAUUGCUCCCAAGGAUGAACCAGACUUGUGGAGGUCUACAAUUUUUUUCUGAGGUCUUGGCUGAUUUCUUUUGAUUUUGUACCUGUGGAUGUAUUUCAAGGCCUACCUUCAAACUGUCUGUAAACAGUUGUUGGAAAAAUUACUUGUCAUGCACAAAGUAGAUGUCCUAACCGACUUGCCAAAACUAUACUUUGUUAACAAGAAAUUUGUGGAGUGGUUGAAAAACAAGUUUUAAUGACUCCAACCUAAGUGUAUGUUAACUUCCAACUUCAACUGUAUAUAUAUAUAUAUAUAUAUAUGUAUGUAUGUGUGUAUGUAUGUGUUAUUUAUUUAUUUAUUUAUUUAUUUAUUUAUUUAUUUGCAAGGGAAAAAAACAUGGGGGAUUGGAAUUGAUGCAGACAAUUACAUUGAUGGAAGUUACAAUCUAUCUGAAAUAUUAAAGCUGAUCUACCCCCUAGUUGUGUCAUGUAAAUAAAACCAGAAGAAGAGGCGAACUUUAGGCUACUUUGGUGAAUUUACAAAGCAUGCAAGACGACAUUGCGAGACGCAAAUUACCAAGACAUAUGUGCAUGGUUCUCCCUGCUCCAUUCUCUCUUGUGUUGGCCUGCCUGCUCUUUCUCUUCACUAAUGAUGGGAGUGUGUGUUUUGUAUUCAGUCUUUGGUCUGUUGCGUGUAGAAUAUCCUAGCCUAUUAAUGACACUGAUGUCGCCGGGAUACAGAGGUAUCUUCAGGCCAGUCUUGCGAGCAUGGGAUAGCCUACUCUUCGUUACGGAGUGGGUGGGGUGGGGGUGCUUUCAUCUCAUAAUAUGAAAUUACAGUAGGCUACUGGCAUGUUUGUUUGUCAGAGUAGGCUACACUACGGCUUUUUAAAUGCCGACACGAAACCUUCUCUUGACAUAUGAAUGGGCAUUUUACUUGUCUGUGAAGGAAUGCCGCUUCUGAUGCGGGACAAACGUUCAUCGCUAGGUGACCAGAACUGUCAAUCAAAUUAUCUCGAUCUGCCUGUACGCAGACCACUCUCCUAAAAAAAAGUACUUUAAAGUUCAUUUAAAUACUGUGACAUACCAAGAAAUUUAGUAGAAACAAAACACAUCUAGCUACCCUACCAUAAAAAACAACACAGCAGCACAUCAAUCCGCAACGUUUAUUGUUGUCAAGGAAACAAUACAGAACAUUCUAUGCAGAAUUCUGUCUGAAAAGGUACAGAUGCUUCUGAUGCGGCAGAAUUGUUUUUUUAUUGUCUGAAAAGUUAUCAAUUGUUGCUAUUGACACGUUACUGUAGCUGCGUUCUAUGUCUGAUAGAAAUAAUAUAGCCCUAGGGGUCAUACAUGCGUAAUAGUACCAUUAUUCUGCAUUGUGAAUUGAAGUGGAAUUUUAUGAUUUUGCAUCGUUUUAACGGAAAACCUAUAAAAAAAUGCCAGUUGAAGUGUUAAGCAAAAUUGUCCGUUUGUCACAUCCCUAAUAUUUCACCUCAAUAAUAAUCAUUUGACCAUAUAUGUUUGUCAGGUGAUUGACGAGCCUUAUCUGAAGGUGCUCUACACGGCUGAGGAGAAGUACUCCCUGAAGAAGUCCUUCUACUCGGGCAAGACCAGCACCAGUAACUCUGCCGUGCGGCCCUCCCAGUACCUCACCAUGGCCGUGGACGCCGAGGACAAACGCCAGCUGGAGGAGCAGAUCAGUGUGAGGCCAGGGAAAAUAUGAAUUUGAAAUAACACAUGCUAUACACUGUCCAUUUGCAAUCAGUAUACUUUUGUUGUUUCACACAGGAGAGGAACUUUCUAAGAUUGACUCGACACCUGCCAUAGUAAUACAUUUAUAUCAUAGACACACAAUGAUGCCAGUUGGUAUAGAUUACUUACAGUAAUGUAAUAAUAACCAGAUGCUUAGCAUAGCAUUACACCUUGAAAGUGAAGUGUAACCUUUGGCCAUGCCCAGACGGCUGAGAAGAGCAUGCAGGCCAUCGACGCACAGAUGAUAGCCACGCAGGAAAGUGCUGCCAAACUUGAUCGCCGUGACAACGAGCUGCGGGCCCAGAAGAAGGCGCUCUCGGAGCUGAAGGGCAAAAAGAGACAGCUGGAGCAGAAGAUCAGCACCAAGCAGGACAGGUGGGUGGCACACACACAGUGUAAACUUUUAGACAAUACGUUUCGUAUUUGUAAAUUCUCUCUCACACACCAUUUCCUCUUCUGUGUGUAGUCUUCGGCAGAUGGAGCAGGGGGGCAUUGAUCUGCAAAAGGCUGAGGAAGAGACCAAGGCCCAGAUCUCAGCAGUCAACUCCCAGAAGGUGGCCAUUGUGGCUGAGUUCAUGGCCCACAUGAAGGUACACUGUCACAGGGGUUAAUGCUGAAGGCUCAAUAUACACAGACUCUAUGAUACAUGAGAUGUGAAUACUAAAACCCUUUCUCUUUAUCCCACUCUCUCCUCCCCCUCUCCCUCCUCUAGCUGAGGGCUACGUUGAGUAUGGAGAAGGUGUACAUGGCUCUAGAGACCGUGGGCAUGACAGCAGAGAAGACCAAGCUGGAGACUGACUGCAGGGACGGCUCGGCUGAGCUCAGGGUCCUAGAGGUCUGGAGGUCACACGCGCACACACACAGGAUGUAAAGAUGGCGCCGACAGAGAGGGCUGCCUCGCUUCUAGUCCUUAGGAAACUUUGCAGUAUUUUGUUUUUUUUAUGUAUUAUUUCAUACAUUGUUAGCCCAGAAAAAGUGUUGUUACAUACAGCUGGGAAGAACUAUUGGACAUCAGAGCGGCUUCAACUUACCAGCACUACGACCAGGAAUACGACUUUCCCGAAGCGGAUUCCUUCUUCCGCACCACCCAGGACAUUUGAACUGAUUCCAGAGGCCGACCCAAAACAACGCCGCCAGAGGAGAGGGAGCCGGAGCGGUCUUCUAGUUAGACUUAGGAGGCGUGUACACCACCCAUCGCUUCCGAGUAUAUUACUCGCUAAUUUCCAGUCCCUAGACAACAAAGUUGACGAGAUCAGGGCAAGGGUUGCUUUCCAGAGAGACAUCAGGGAUUGUAACAUACUGUGUCACGGAAACAUGGCUCUCUGGAUAUACUGUCCCCGUCCAUACAGCUAUCUGAGUUCUCAGUACAUCGCGCCGACAGUAAUAAACAUCUCUCCGGGAAGAAGAAGGAUGGGGGGGUAUGUUUCAUGACUAACGACUCAUGGUGUAAUUGUAACAACGUACAGGAACUCGGGUCAUUUUGUUCACCUGACCUAGAAUUCCUCACAAUCAAAUGCCGACCGUAUUAUCUCCCAAGAGAAUUCUCUUCGGUUAUAGUCACGGCCGUGUAUAUCCCCCCUCAAGCCGAUACCACGACGGCCCUCAAGGAACUUCACUGGACUUUAUGCAAACUGGAAACCAUAUAUCCUGAGUCUGCAUUUAUUGUAGCUGGGGAUUUUAACAAAGCAAAUUUGAGAAAAGGGCUACCUAAAUUCUAUCAGCAUAUUGACUGUAGCACUCGCGCUGGAAAGACACCGGACCAUUGUUAGACACAUUUCCGCGAUGCAUACAAGGCCCUUCCCCGCCCUCCUUUCGGCAAAUCUGACCACAACUCCAUUUUGUUCCUCCCUUCCUAUAGGCAGAAACUCAAACAGGAAGUACCCGUGGUUAGGACUAUUCAAACGCUGGUCUGACCAAUCGGAAUCCACGCUUCAAGAUUGUUUUGGUCAUGCGGACUGGGAUAUGUUCCGGGUAGCCUCUGAGAAUAGUAUAGACGUAUACGUUGAUUCGGUGAGUGGGUUUAUAAGGAAGUGUAUAGGAGAUGUCGUACCCACUGUGACUAUUAAAACCUACCCUAACCAGAAACCGUGGAUAGAUGGCAGCAUUCGCGAAAAACUGAAAGCACGAACCACCGCAUUUAAUCAUGGCAAGGUGACUGGGAAUAUGGCAGAAUACAAACAGAGUGGUCGUUCCCUCCGCAAGGCAAUCAAACAGGCAAAACGUCAAUAUCGAUACAAAGUGUCGCAAUUCAACGGCUCAGACACGAGACGUAUGUCACAGGGUUUACAGACAAUCACGGACUACAAUAGGAAAACCAGCCACGUCGCGGACACUGACGUCUUGCUGCCAGACAAACUAAACAAGUUCUUUGCCCACUUUGAGGAUAACACAGUGCCACCGACACAGCCAGCUACCAAGGACUGCAGGCUCUCCUUCUCCAUGGCCGACGUGAGUAAGACAUUUAAACGUGUUAACCCUCGCAAGGCUGCCGGCCCAGACGGCAUUCCUAGCCCCGUCCUCAGAGCAUGCGCAGACCAGCUGGCUGGUGUGUUUACGGACAUAUUCAAUCUCUCCCUAUCCCAGUCUGCUGUCCCCACAUGCUUCAAGAUGGCGACCAUUGUUCCUGUACCCAAGAAUGCAAAGGUAACUGAACUAAAUGACUAUCGCCACGUAGCACUCACUUCUGUCAUCAUGAAGUGCUUUGAGAGACUAGUCAAGGAUCAUAUCACCUCCACCUUACCUGUCACCCUAGACCAACUUCAAUUUGCUUACCGCCCCAAUAGGUCCACAGACGAUGCAAUCGCCAUCACACUGCACACUGCCCUAUCCCAUCUGGACAAGAGGAAUACCUAUGUAAGAAUGCUGUUCAUUGACUAUAGCUCAGCAUUCAACACCAUAGUACCCUCCAAGCUCACCAUUAAGCUUGAGGCCCUGGGUCUCAACCCUGCCCUGUGCAAUUGGGUCCUGGACUUCCUGACGGGCCGCCCCCAGGUGGUGAAACAACAUCUCUACUUCGCUGAUCCUCAACACUGGGGCCCCACAAGGGUGUGUGCUCAGCCCCCUCCUGUACUCCCUGUUCACCCAUGACUACGUAGCCAUGCACGCCUCCAACUCAAUCAUUAAGUUUGCAGACGACACAACAGUAGUAUGCUUGAUUACCAACAACGAUGAGACAGCCUACAGGGAGGAGGUGAGGGUCUUGGAGUGUGGUGUCAGGAAAAUAACCUCUCACUCAACGUCAACAAAACAAAGAAGAUGAUUGUGGACUUCAAGAAACAUCGACGGGACAGCAGUGGAGAAGGUGGAAAGUUAAGUUCCUCGUGUACAUAUCACUGACAAACUGAAAUGGUCCACCCACACAGACAGUGUGGUGAAGGCGGCGCAACAGCAUCUCUUCAACCUCAGGAGGCUGAAGAAAUUUGGCCUGUCACCUAAAACCCUCACAAACUUUUACAGAUGCACAAUUGAGAGCAUCCUGUUGGGCUGUAUCACCGCCUGGUACGGCAACUGCACCGCCCACAACCGCAGGGCUCUCCAGAGGGUGGUGCGGUCUGCACAACGCAUCACCAGGGGCAAACUACCUGCCCUCCUGGACACCUACAGUACCCGAUGUCACAGGAAGGCCAAAAAGAUAAUCGAAGACAACUACCACCCGAGCCACUGCCUGUUCACCCCGCUAUCAUCCAGAAGGCGAGGUCAGUACAGGUGCAUCAAAGCUGGGACCGAGAGACUGAAAAACAGAUUCUAUCUCAAGGCCAUCAGACUGUUAAACAGCCAUCACUAGCACAGAGAGGGUGCUGCCUACAAACAGACUUGAAAAUCACUGGCCACUUUAAUAAAUGGAACACUAGUCACUUUAAUAAUGCCACUUUAAUAAUGUUUACAUAUCUUGCAUUACCCAUCUCAUAUGUACAGUGGGGGAAAAAAGUAUUUAGUCAGCCACCAAUUGUGCAAGUUCUCCCACUUAAAAAGAUGAGAGGCCUGUAAUUUUCAUCAUAGGUACACGUCAACUAUGACAUACAAAUUGAGGAAAAAAAAUCAAGAAAAUCACAUUGUAGGAUUUUUUAUGAAUUCAUUUGCAAAUUAUGGUGGAAAAUAAGUAUUUGGUCACCUACAAACAAGCAAGAUUUCUGGCUCUCACAGACCUGUAACUUCUUCUUUAAGAGGCUCCUCUGUCCUCCACUCGUUACCUGUAUUAAUGGCACCUGUUUGAACUUGUUAUCAGUAUAAAAGACACCUGUCCACAACCUCAAACAGUCACACUCCAAACUCCACUAUGGCCAAGACCAAAGAGCUGUCAAAGGACACCAGAAACAAAAUUGUAGACCUGCACCAGGCUGGGAAGACUGAAUCUGCAAUAGGUAAGCAGCUUGGUUUGAAGAAAUCAACUGUGGGAGCAAUUAUUAGGAAAUGGAAGACAUACAAAGACCACUGAUAAUCUCCCUCGAUCUGGGGCUCCACGCAAGAUCUCACCCCGUGGGGUCAAAAUGAUCACAAGAACGGUUAGCAAAAAUCCCAGAACCACACGGGGGGACCUAGUGAAUGACCUGCAGAGAGCUGGGACCAAAGUAACAAAGCCUACCAUCAGUAACACACUACGCCGCCAGGGACUCAUAUCCUGCAGUGCAAGACGUGUCCCCCUGCUUAAGCCAGUACAUGUCCAGGCCCGUCUGAAGUUUGCUAGAGUGCAUUUGGAUGAUCCAGAAGAGGAUUGGGAGAAUGUCAUAUGGUCAGAUGAAACCAAAAUAGAACUUUUUGGUAAAAACUCAACUCGUCGUGUUUGGAGGACAAAGAAUGCUGAGUUGCAUCCAAAGAACACCAUACCUACUGUGAAGCAUGGGGGUGGAAACAUCAUGCUUUGGGGCUGUUUUUCUGCAAAGGGACCAGGACGACUGAUCCGUGUAAAGGAAAGAAUGAAUGGGGCCAUGUAUCGUGAGAUUUUGAGUGAAAACCUCCUUCCAUCAGCAAGGGCAUUGAAGAUGAAACGUGGCUGGGUCUUUCAGCAUGACAAUGAUCCCAAACACACCGCCCGGGCAACGAAGGAGUGGCUUCGUAAGAAGCAUUUCAAGGUCCUGGAGUGGCCUAGCCAGUCUCCAGAUCUCAACCCCAUAGAAAAUCUUUGGAGGGAGUUGAAAGUCCGUGUUGCCCAGCGACAGCCCCAAAACAUCACUGCUCUAGAGGAGAUCUGCAUGGAGGAAUGGGCCAAAAUACCAGCAACAGUGUGUGAAAACCUUGUGAAGACUUACAGAAAACGUUUGACCUGUGUCAUUGCCAACAAAGGGUAUAUAACAAAGUAUUGAGAAACUUUUGUUAUUGACCAAAUACUUAUUUUCCACCAUCAUUUGCAAAUAAAUUCAUAAAAAAUCCUACAAUGUGAUUUUCUGGAAUUUUUUUCUCAUUUUGUCUGUCAUAGUUGACGUGUACCUAUGAUGAAAAUUACAGGCCUCUCAUCUUUUUAAGUGGGAGAAUUUGCACAAUUGGUGGCUGACUAAAUACUUUUUUUCCCCACUGUAUAUACUGUAUUCUAUACUAUUUUAAUAAUGUUUACAUAUCUUGCAUUACCCAUCUCAUAUGUAUAUAAUGUAUUAUAUCUAUUGCAUCUUAGCCUAUGCCACUCUGAUAAUGAUAUUGCUCAUCCAUAUAUUUAUAUAUUCUUAUUCCAUUCCUUUACUUAGAUUUGUGUGUAUUAGGUUUUUGUUGUGGAACUGUUAGAUAUUACUUGCUAGAUAUUGCUACACUGUCGGAACUAGAAGCACAAGCAUUUCGCUACACUCGCAAUAACAUCUGCUAACCAUGUGUAUGUGACCAAUACAUUUGAUUUGAUUUUUAGCUAUUACACACCACAAUAUUUCAUGUAUAAUUUGCUGAGUGCUAACUGUGUGUGUGUGUGUUUCCUCUUUUUCCCCUCGCAGCAAGCGUGUGCCAUGCUGGAGCAGCGUAAGGCCCGUCUAUUGGAGAAAUGUAAGGGCCUGCUGAGGAGGGCCAGGGAGAUCUGUAACAUGGAUCCUGGAGAGAGUGUUGUACCCCCAGACCUACACACGGUCAGUAUAGUACAGUAACCUCAACACUGAGUCGUCCAUUCAUUCUACCAGGUUUAAUUCAUUAAUCUAUUCAUUCAUUUGUAUAUUUCUUAAUUUGUGUUCUGUAGGCCUUCAGCCAGCUGCCCGACACUCUGGAUGAGAUAGAUGCCAUGUUGAAUGAGGAGAGGUCCAGGGCAGAGUGCUUCACUGGCCUCAGUGAGAAUGUAAGUCAGAAGGCUCCAGUCCCUCGACUUCCUGGCGCUGACGGAAACAUGGAUUACCACUGAAAACACUGCUACUCCUACUGCUCUCUCCUCGUCUGACCAUGUGUUCUCGCAUACCCCGAGAGCAUCUGGUCAGAGGGGUGGUGGCACAGGAAUCCUCAUCUCUCCCAAGUGGACAUUCUCAAUUUUUCCCCUAACCCAUCUGUCUAUCUCCUCAUUUGAAUUCCAUGCUGUCACAGUCACUAGCCCAUUUAAGCUUAAUAUCCUUGUCAUCUAUCGCCCUCCAGGUUCCCUUGGAGAGUUCAUCAAUGAGCUUGACGCCUUGAUAAGUUCCUUUCCUGAGGAUGGCUCACCCCUCACAGUUUUGGGGGAUUUCAACCUCCCUAUGUCCACAUUUGACUCAUUUCUCUCUGCCUCCUUCUUUCCACUUCUCUCCUCUUUUGACCUCACCCUCUCACCGUCCCCCCCUACUCACAAGGCAGGCAAUACGCUUGACCUCAUCUUUACUAGAUGCUGCUCUUCUACUAAUCUCACUGCAACUCCCCUCCAUGUCUCCGACCACUACUUUGUUUCCUUUUCUCUCUCGCUCUCCUCCCACACUACUCACUCUGCCCCUACACAGAUGGUAAUGCACCGCCGCAACCUUCGCUCUCUCUCUCCCACUACUCUCUCCUCUUCCAUCCUAUCAUCUCUUCCCUCUGCUCAAGCCUUCUCCCUCCAAUCUCCUGAUUCUGCCUCCUCAACCCUCCUCUCCUCCCUUUCUGCAUCCUUUGACUCUCUGUGUCCCCUAUCCUCCCGGCCGGCUCGGUCCUCCCCUCCAGCUCCGUGGCUUGAUGACUCAUUGCGAGCUCACAGAACAGAGCUCCGGGCAGCGGAGCGGAAAUGGAAGAAAACUAAACUCCCUGCCGACCUGGCAUCUUUUCACUCCCUCCUCUCUACAUUUUCUUCAUCUGUUUCUGCUGCUAAGGCCACUUUCUACCACUCUAAAUUCCAAGCAUCUGCCUCUAACCCUAGGAAGCUCUUUGCCACAUUUUCCUCCCUCCUGAAUCCUCCCCCCCCCCCCCGCCCCCCCCCUCCUCUCUCUCUGUGGAUGACUUCGUCAACCACUUUGAAAAGAAGGUUGACGACAUUCGAUCCUCGUUUGUUAAGUCUAAUGACACUGCUGGUCCUACUCACACUGCCCUACCCUAUGCUUUGACUUCUUUCUCCCCUCUCUCUCCAGAUAAAAUCCUGCGACUUGUGACUGCAGGCCGCCCAACAACCUGCCCGCUUGACCCCAUCCCCUCCUCUCUUCUCCAGACCAUCUCCGGUGACCUUCUCCCCUACCUCACCUCGCUGAUCAACUCAUCCUUGACCGCUGGCCAUGUCCCUUCCGUCUUCAAGAGAGCGAGAGUUGCUCCCCUUCUCAAGAAACCAACACUCGAUCCCACUGAUGUCAACAACUACAGACCAGUAUCCCUUCUUUCUUUUCUUUCCAAAACUAUUGAGCGUGCCGUCUUUAGCCAACUCUCUUGCUAUCUCUCUCAGAAUGACCUUCUUGAUCCAAACCAGUCAGGUUUCAGGACUGGUCAUUCAACUGAGACUGCUCUUCUCUGUGUCACGGAGGCUCUCCGCACUGCUAAAGCUAACUCUCUCUCCUCUGCUCUUGUCCUUCUAGACCUGUCUGCUGCCUUUGAUACUGUGAACCAUCAGAUCCUCCUCUCCACCCUCUCCGAACUGGGCAUCUCCGGCGCGGCUCACUCCUGGAUUGCGUCCUACCUGACCGGUCGCUCCUACCAAGUGGCGUGGCGAGAAGCUGUCUCCGCACCACGUGCUCUCACCACUGGUGUCCCCCAGGGCUCAGUUCUAGGCCCUCUCCUUUUCUCCCUAUACACCAAGUCACUUGGCUCUGUCAUAUCCUCACAUGGCCUCUCCUAUCAUUGCUACGCUGACGAUACACAACUAAUCUUCUCCUUUCCCCCUUCUGAUAACCAGGUGGCGAAUCGCAUCUCUGCAUGUCUGGCAGACAUAUCAGUAUGGAUGACGGAUCACCACCUCAAGCUGAACCCUGGCAAGACGGAGCUGCUCUUCCUCCCGGGGAAGGACUGCCCGUUCCAUGAUCUCGCCAUCACGGUUGACAACUCCGCUGUGUCCUCCUCCCAGAGUGCGAAGAGCCUAGGCGUGACCCUGGACAACACCCUGUCGUUCUCCGCCAACAUCAAGGCGGUGACCCGCUCCUGCAGGUUCAUGCUCUACAACAUUCGGAGAGUACGACCCUGCCUUACACAGGAAGCGGCACAGGUCCUAAUCCAGGCACUUGUCAUCUCCCGUCUGGACUACUGCAACUCGCUGUUGGCUGGCCUCCCUGCCUGUGCCAUUAAACCCCUACAACUCAUCCAGAAUGCCGCAGCCCGUCUGGUGUUCAACCUUCCCAAGUUCUCUCACGUCACCCCCCUCCUCCGCACACUCCACUGGCUUCCAGUUGAAGCUCGCAUCCGCUACAAGACCAUGGUGCUUGCCUAUGGAGCAGUGAGGGGAACGGCACCUCUGUACCUUCGGGCUCUGAUCAGUCCCUACACCCAAACGAGGGCAUUGCGUUCAUCCACCUCUGGCCUGCUGGCUCCCCUUCCUCUGCGGAAGCAUAGUUCCCGCUCAUCCCAGUCAAAACUGUUCGCUGCUCUGGCACCCCAAUGGUGGAACAAGCUCCCUCACGACGCCAGGACAGCGGAGUCACUCACCACCUUCCGGAGACAUUUGAAACCCCACCUCUUUAAGGAAUACCUGGGAUAGGAUAAAGUAAUCCUUCUACCCCCCCAAAAAAAAAAUUGUAAAGUGGUUAUCCCACUGGCUAUAGGGUGAACGCACCAAUUGGUGAGUCGCUCUGGAUAAGAGCGUCUGCUAAAUGACGUAAAUGUGCCCUUGAGCAAGGCACUUAACCCUAAUUGCUCCUGUAAGUCGCUCUGGAUAAGAGCGUCUGCUAAAUGACUAAAAUGUAAAUGUAAAUGUAAAGCAUGCAGUGUGUGUGUCACUGGCAUACCACACACUCCCGCAGUGGGUAAAACCGCAAAAUAAUUCUAAGCCUCAGGGCAAAAUGUGUAGAAUAGCAGGAAAUUAGCUUUAAAACAUCAACCUUUUCCCUCAGCCUCAUGGCAAAAUGUGUAAAAUGGCAUGAGAAUAGCUAUAAAACUGCAAAUGUUUAUUUUUGCCCCACGCCAAUGUGUAGAAUUGUAGGAAGUUAGCUGUCACCACCCCCCCCCCCCCCAUCCCAAAAAUAUGUAAUAUUUUGGCGGUAUGCCACUGGUGUGUGUGUGUGUGUGUCUGAGAGCAUAGAUUCUGCCUCACUAUUUGACCUCCCUCCCCAGGUGGUGGAUGAGUACAACAGAAGAGAGCAGGAGAUCAAGAACCUGGAGAAAGAGCUGGAUGACAAGAGCAAUGCCCUUGACACCUACAGACAGAACAUAUCAGAGGUACUUCAGUGUUUUGGAUGAAUGCCAUUGGCCAGAUUUACUUUUUUUCAGAGGAUUACAAAAAACUAAGCUUAAAUGUGAAAUUACCUUUAAAUAGUUCCAUACCUGAUUUUAAAUUGCAUUGUAAUAUUUUUCCUUCAUAUUUUUUGUUAUUUCAAUGCGUCAUAAAAAAGCAGGUGCAAAAUUGGCCUCAGAAAAUACACAAUCUAGAAAAUAUGUGUGUUUGGUAGUGUACUUGCGUAAAAGUGCAUGUUCAGGUGUGUUGUCUUGUAGAGAGCGAUGUUUCCUUCCUGAGUCCUUCUCCCUCUCUCUGUUGACAGGCUAAGGAGCGCUGGCUGAACCCUCUGAAGCAACUGGUAGAGCAGAUCAAUGACAAGUUCAGUGAUUUCUUCCGCUCCAUGCAGUGUGCCGGGGAGGUGGAUCUGCACUCAGAGAAUGAGGUAAGCAUGCCACACAACCUGUUCGCACAAGGUGCUUAAAGUACUUGAAUUUGGCACUCUGAAAUUCAAGUACUGGAAUACCUUGAAAAUCACUUGAAAAGUACUUGAAUUAAAAUGAGAACAGAAAAUGAUCAAAUACUGUGUUAAUAUUAAAAAUAUUAGAAAAAUAUAUUGGUCUUGCAAAUUCAUUUCCAGUCAAACUAGAGAGUUUUAUUCACUCACGUGUUUCGCGCUCUGGAUGCCAGGCGAGAUCGCUCAUUCCACCCACAAUGCCACUCAGCCAGGCAGGUACAGAACUGACUGAUUUAGGCGGCGCCAAACGUCGUAUCGAUAGCUAAAAUGCCGGGCAAAUGUAGAUUAAAUUCUGGCAGGAUAUUGAUGUUUAUGAAUGGGUUUUGCCAGACCCAACCAGGGAUCUAGUGGACGGUAAACGCUGUUUUACACACCUCUUUAUUUGUGAAAUAGCAUUUACUCACUUAUUGCGUUCCCCGAGUUUAUCAAUGCUCAGAAGGCUUCUUGAUCUGAGUUCUAAUCGCGCCUACCACUGCGAACGAGUGGAAUCAUGAAUGAUUCAUGUAUGCUUGUUAUGUUCGCCUGCUUCCUCGGAUUAGCCUUGUUAGCCGCGCAUUCAUUCACCACUCAGUCCAACGGGAAACUCCGCCCACGACAUAGGCCGAGAGGUGAAGCUAACUACCUCAGCCCAGACCUAGUGGCAGAGAGACGCUGCUGACAGUGGGAUUUUUUUUUUUUUUUUUUUCAAUCCCUCGACUCCUGCCGUGUCAACAGACAUCCCCCAAAUAAAAGCCCUCUGACUCUCGGAGAAUGAGUGUACAACUGUUAGCCAGGUAGCUAGCUAUAACUAGCUGGCUAGAAGGAUGAAGUUAGAAGCUAACGUUGAACGGAGCCAGACCUCAGCAGGACCAGUUGACUGAAAUUAAGCUAGCUAUAAUCAAAAGAUGGGCUACUAUAAGUUCUCAUAACAAAAUACCUAUUCUUUACAGAGAGUAGUGAGACAGACAGUGGUGAGUCAGGCUGCAAUGAAGGAGGCAAAGGAGAUACAUAGAGAGAGGAAGCAUUGAAGCAAGCAGGGAGAGAGGUUAGUAGUACAGUGGUUCCCAAACUUGGGGUUGGGGACCCAUGUGGGGUCCUCUAAAAUUUAAAUAGGGUCCCCUGAGUGAACACAAUAACUUGUUUCUCUUCAAAUGGGUAUAGAAUACAACAUUUUAGAGUCAACUAAGGGCCUUUUACGCUGUCAGAAUUCACUUUCAUGUCAUUAUUUGUUUGUAAAACCUGUGGGACAUAACAUUUAGUGAAAUAUAAGGACAAUGUAAUAUUAUUAUCAUGUACACUGAACAAAAAUAUAUAAACGCAACAUGGAACAUUUUCAAAGAUCUUACUGAGGUACAGUUCAUAUGAGGAAAUAAGUCAUCAGUACUGACUUACCACUCCUGUAUGUAGUAAACAGGUAGUGAAAGAGGUAUUAUUGAGUAGAACUUGUAAGGUAGUGAUGAAUAGUAAGUUAGUUGUUUUUUUCCCAUGAGGUUGUGGCGGUAUACUGCCAUCUGGUGGCGACUAGAAGCAAUUGCAUAAUAGGAACUAUUACAAAUUAAUGGUCCUUGGAAAUAAGUAUUAGUGCUUGAAAAAGUACUUGAAAGUCCUUGAAUUUGACUUGCUGGUUUACCCUGUAUAUCAGGUGUCCCCAACUACAUUCAGCCUUUUUUUUAUCUUGAGUGGAUUGCCGGGGGGGAAAUAAUUUGUACACUGCAAAUUGACCUUAAGAAGCCCAAACAGAUAUAGCAUUUGACGUAAAACAUCAUUUCAAACCUUGAUUACAUUUGGGAUACGAUCACAUAUGCCUCUCUAUUUAUGCGUGGGAAUACUUGGGAACACAUUUCCUAAAUUAAAAUCACUGAGCUGAUAUCCUGGUGGUUUUAGUCUUUUAUGUCCAACAACGAAAAAUAGUAUUUAUUUUAUUAUUUAAAUAGUUAUCCCGCGGGCUGCCAUUAAAGUUUUUCUUUAAAACCCUGCGGUCGGCCUUGAACUUCUGUGGCUUCAAUGAGAGGGGGCAGUCGUUCUACCCUGGUGGGAGCUCUAGUAGCAGUAGUAGAGUUCCGUCUGUGACUGGUGCCUGUCCCCUGCAGGAGGAAUAUGAUAAGUACGGGAUCCGCAUCCGGGUGAAGUUCCGCAGCAGCACACAGCUCCACGAGCUCACAGCACACCACCAGAGUGGGGGGGAACGCAGUGUUUCCACCAUGCUCUACCUCAUGGCCCUGCAAGAGCUCAACCGCUGCCCUUUCCGAGUGGUGGACGAGAUCAACCAGGUAUGUAAUACACACACACACACACCAACUAGUGAUGGGGGAAAAAUCGAUACAGUUGCAUAUUGGGAUAUUAUUUUUGACUGUAUUGUUUUGACAAUAUCGCUAUAUUAUUUUUGCGCUAGUUGGCUGUACCUGCACCAAAACUCAUAACUUGUUUUCCAUCUUUUUAAAAAGGAAGCCAAUUAGUUUUCAGCACUUUUAUUUCCAUGACUGAUCUAAACUGGUUUUCUCAUGACUCUUUCUUGUCCCUCUGCAGCAGACAUGGUGAGCAAUAUGUUUGGAACAUCGAAUUGCAAUAUAAUCACAGUAUCGAAUCACAAUACAUAUAGAAUCGCAAUACAUACGUAUCGGCACCUAAGUAUCGUGAUCAUAUCGUGAGGUCCCUGGCAAUUCCCAGCCCUAACACCAACUGGCCGCUAAGAGUGGUAAAAUCACUUAAACAUCCAGACUGUAUUCACACAGGCUUUUUCUUCCUAUUCCAACCAGGGUAUGGACCCGGUCAAUGAGAGGAGAGUCUUUGACAUUGUGGUACGGACAGCCUGCAAGGAGACUACCUCCCAGUACUUUUUCAUCACACCCAAGGUAAGUGUCACAUUGCAUAGGUGGUUACUUACUGUUUAGUGGGUGUGUUCGAGUAGUAAGGCUAAAGAAGCGGACUGUAGACUAGACGAAAAUUGAGUGAAGUCUAGGGAGGUAUUUUUUUUACUGCGAGUACUUUUUUGAGUACUCAAUUUUUAAAAAACUGCUACUUUUAGACACAAGGCCCUCACUGGAAAAAAUGUGUGCAUUUAUCUAUAUGCCAACAGUGUGCAACAAUUCCUAAUUUAUCAUAACCAUUACAGAUAAUUAAUCCUAAUUGCUAAAUUGCCCCAUAUAUAUUCAGUCAAUAAAAAAACAAGUGCCAUUUAAGAUACAUUUAUUGAAACCGUAAUAUCAACUAUAUUAUAUCGUAGAACAUAAUCUUCAAAAAGGCAGUAACCUCAGCAAUGGCACUUGCUUGUAAAAGCCUAUGGUUGUGCAAUGGCAUAGCCUUGUUUUGUUAAUUUAGCAGACAAGGCGCUAUUAUUUCCCGAGCCCUUAUCACAGUCAAGACACCUAUUUUAUAGUUUAAAAAUAUAUAUAACAGGACAAAAAUGGAACAGAAUAUUUUUGUGAUGCGCUGCGCAUCUCACAUUUGGAAGUUAUUCUCAACGAGUGAUUUAAUUUAUUCUGCCUGUACUUUGGGAUUUUCACUGCAUGGGGAUGAAUUACAGCCACGGAAUCUGUUUGGUGAGUAGGCCUAGGCUUAAUGAGGCUGAUGAAAAUACGCUCUGUCUUUAUUAAACUAAUGUUUUUGCAUAUUUUCAGUGUGAUGUUAAGGGGGGUUAUAGCCUAGGCUAAUCAAUGCGAACUGCUAGUGCCAUUUAGAAAAGUAGCCUAAGCGGAAAAUAGACGGGACGCAAUUAUUCCAAAACUGCAGCUCGUUGUUGGAACACAUAUUUCUUUACAUCAAUCAACCAGUCCGUUUUGAAUGUGUGAUAAAACUGGCAUUUGGCAAGGAAUUAGAUAUGUUUUUAUAGGCAUUUAUUUCUGUAGGCCUAACGGGAGCUUGUGUGCACACUCAGCACGCAUGUGUAGAAGGAGCGGUAGGAACGCAAUUGAGUGAGACGCGAAAGGGAAUUUAGGGAGAAGAACUGUGUGAUGCUUGGCUUUGUUUCUUUUUUGCUGUGCCCUGCAAAAGUGCAUGUACAAAUGGAACACUAGAGUCAAAGCAAAUUAAUGUUGUCUUCAAGACAAAAUGUUGAUCUCUGGUUAAAGAUAGAGUUUUGACAUCCGUUUGAGUACUCGUGUACUCAUGCCCAUCCCUAGAGGGAGGUGCAUCUGCGACUGGCCGAAAGAGAGACACAGUAGUGGUUUUCUGAUAGCAAGGCUCCGAUCAACAUGGCAAUGUCAACAUACAGUAGCUGCUACUGUUUAUAAAAGUUUUUCUUAAAAAAUGCUGGAAAACUUUCUAUACCCCGAUAUCACACACUCACAAACGUGUGUGUACGAUUCAAUGAUUAGAGAGAAGUCUCAUGUCCCUUUCAUUUGCAUCCCUGAAUGAUGGUCACCGACUAGACAAAAUAGAUCUGCUCGAAUGCACCCAGUGUGUGUCUGUGUUCUGGAUUAAUGUGUGUGUUUCUCUCUUUCCAGCUCCUGCAGAACCUCCAGUAUGCAGAUGAGAUGACCGUCCUGUGUGUCCAUAACGGACCUCACAUGCUGCCCCCCCACAAGUGGGAUGAGAAGGCCUUCACCAGACGCCGCAUGGUCAAA